CUCCUCCCGCUAAGCCCAGUAGCGUUGCGUGUCCACCCGCCAGACCUUGUGUUAGAAAUGAAACUAACCGGGAAACGCUGAAUCCGGGCAUGGCUGAGUUUAACCGUCAUUAAGGGCUGAAGUCAGUCCCCCAAACAACAAGUACCGCCUUCAUAUCGCUUCCAAGAGGGUGACAAGGUCCCAUGCAUCGAUAGGAAGUGGAUUGGACAGGUAGUAGUUGUUUCUUUCUUUUAGCUAAAGGAUUGUGUACGUUUGUCUCACCGUGCAGGCUGUCGGGAUGGCAGAGAGCUUUUUAAUGGAGGCGUGUGUGGACUCCGUGGAGUCUGCUGUCAACGCUGAACGAGGAGGUGCAGGUCGACUUGAACUGUGUUCUAGUCUUCUGGAGGGAGGACUCACUCCCAGCCAAGGUCUGCUGCAGGUAGUGAAGCAAUAUGUCAAAAUUCCAGUCUACGUGAUGAUCCGGCCUCGCGGGGGGGACUUCCUGUACUCUGACCAGGAAGUGGAGGUGAUGAGGAAGGACAUAGAGCUGAUGAAGAGGCACAGGGCCGACGGACUAGUGCUGGGAGCCCUGACAGAGGAUGGACGUGUGGACACGGAGCUCUGUAUGGAGUUUCUAGCUGCCGCUCAACCUUUGCCUGUCACCUUCCACCGAGCUUUCGACAUGGUUCAUGACCCAGCGGUUGCCCUGGAGUCUCUGGUAUCAUUAGGGUUCCAGCGCCUUUUGACAAGUGGCUGUGACAACUCUGCUUUGGAGGGACUCCCUCUCAUUAAACAGCUCAUUGAUCAGGCUAAAGGGAGAAUUGCCAUCAUGCCAGGAGGAGGUAUCACUGAGAGGAACCUGCAGAGAAUUCUAGAGGGCACGGGGGCUCAAGAGUUUCACUGCUCAGCCCGCUCCGGUAGGGAUUCUGCCAUGAAGUUCAGGAACUCCUGUGUGACGAUGGGAGCAGCUUUCUCAGCACCAGAGUACGGUCUGAAGGUGGCAGAUGUGAGCAAGGUCCGCACUCUUAAUGCAAUAGCCAAAAAUACCUUGUGAAUGGGUUCUGGACAAAAGUGAUCAUUAGUAAUUAUAUGGCUAUGUCAGUGAUUAUUUUCACUAAAGCCCAAAAUAAGUAGACAUUUUGGAACUUUUUUACCUUUUAAAAAAAAAAAAAAAAAAAAAAUCCCUAAUCAAACAGUUUGUAAAGCUAGAGCUCAGGGAAAGCAUCGCAGCCUUCUGGGAUAUGAAGUCAAAGUAUCGCACAGUGCAGAAUGAUGAAUCAUUUACAUAAAUGAUUGUACACAUGUAUAAUAAAAGUGUAAUAACAUAGUGUUGUUUUCAGAAUAGUAUGUUUUAAAGUUUCCAUGUAGCUGAUCUAUAUUUAUAUACAGCACUCCCGAUUCAGUUGAAAAUAAUGCAAAGUUGUGACCUUCUGUACUUCAUUUUUUUACUAGGACAAAAACAUUGUGGAUUUGCUCAGAAUUCAAUUAAAGUCCCAAAUGAUUGAACAA